CAGUGCAGCGCGAUCGAGCCUCAGCCAGGCUCAGGCUCCGGCGCAGCCGACUCCUAGACUCGGAGCGCACACUGAUGUCAGUCGCAGCAAGGGCGCCACUGAAAGCUUCCAAGCGCUUGCCAAUCGCUGGUUCCCUUUGCCAACAAUGGCUUUCAAAGUGCCCCCCCUCCCGCUUCCGCUGGACAAGAUCAUUGAGCUCCAGAACUUAAAUUUGAUCGGUUUCGCCUUGCUGAUCCUGCUCCCCCGCUUCUCAAUCACCAGACUGGUCAUUUUCCUGAUGACAGUCUUCUGGGCGGCAGCAUAUGCUUGGAACAUUGCUCACACCAUGACCACGUCUCCGGAUAGCAUCAAGUUCGACCAGAUGCAGACACUCGAUGGCUUGACUGGCCUGUUCAGCAACAACAAGCCCGGGAUUUUUGCGGCCUGGACGCACAUGCUCCCGCUCGACUUGUGGACUGCCAGGUGGAUCAUUGAAGACGCCCCUGUCAGUGGCGUGCCCCAUCUCUUGGCAAUCCCGGCUGUUGUCGGCACUUGUCUCUUUGGACCGGCUGGAUUGCUUCUAUACUUCAUCAUCCGGACCCCGUUCUUGCUAUUCGCUAGUGGCAGCAAGCCGAAAACUGAGUGAUUUCAAAAGUGACGGAAGGAGGGGGAAGCACAGUAAAGGGCUCACUUUGUGAGCACGGUACGUUACUACAAAGGGACGAUUUGUCUAAGAGCGGCUUGUUGAAAACAGAAGGUACUUUGUCACAUAAGGAGUGUUGAGCAGUUGAGAGAGUUGCCAGGUCGAGACUUUGCUUGCAUGCUGGAACCUAAUAACUAUGCAUAACCAGAAGGCUGACCUUUAUGCUGUGUUUGGCUUCGACCUGCUUCAUCCUUGCUUGUCUUGUUGAUGCUAAAGAUAUCGAAAUUGAUAGUCAUAUUUCCGGGAUGAAUUCUCGUAUGAAAACGUACAGACAUCAAAAGGGCAAGUCGACUAGUCUUUCAGGUUGCUAGGCA